AUUGAGUUCAAUACUGUAGUUGUGUAUUGGAUGACCGUUCUGCCGGUCGUUUGUUUUACUGCAAAUUAUCGCUGUUCACGCGAGAGUUACAAUUAUGGCUCUAGAAGGUCAGCAGUUGUUUCUAAGCAAGAGAAUAGUUGCAGAAAAAGACAUUUUAGAUGGAGGAAUAUUGGUAAACGAAUCGGGUAUUAUAGAAAAAAUAGUCAAUAGAACUGAAGCCGACAAAAUCAUCGCCGAUAAUGACGGAAAGAUCAAGGUGGUGGAUGGAGGCGAUUUAGCGCUGCUGGCUGGUGUGGUAGACUCGCAUGUGCACGUGAACGAGCCGGGCCGCACGGCCUGGGAGGGGUUCCGCACUGCCACCAACGCCGCCGCCGCAGGGGGAAUCACCACCAUCGUCGACAUGCCUCUGAACUCAAUACCGCCGACCACCACCUUAAAGAAUCUCAAAACCAAAGCAUCAUCAGCAAAAGGGAAUAUUUUUGUUGAUGUUGGUUUCUGGGGCGGUGUGAUCCCGGGAAACCAGGAUUCCUUGCGUGACCUAGUGAAAGCUGGCGUAGUGGGUUUCAAAUGCUUUUUAUGUCCGAGCGGAGUAGACGAAUUUCCCAAUGUAGAGCCAAAGGAUUUGGAGAAGGCUUUCGAAGCUCUAGAAGGAACUGGGUCACUUUUAGCGUUCCACGCUGAAGUAGAGGAGGAAACUGCUGCUAGUAAAAAGAAAAUAAAAAAGAAAGACCCGGAAGAGUAUGAAACGUAUUUGGAAUCACGACCGUCCAGUAUGGAGCAGAACGCCAUUUCACUCGUCACUUCUUUUCUCGACAGUACGAACGUCCGCGUGCACAUAGUCCACGUAUCAUCAGCUAGCGUGGUCCCCAUGCUGGUCAAGGCUCGCAACGACCGCAUCGCAGCCGGCCACUCGGGUUGGCGCGGCGGCGUCACCGCGGAGACCUGUCACCACUACCUCACGCUCUGCGCCGACGACGUGCCGCGCGGGCGCAGCGAGUACAAAUGCGCUCCGCCCAUCAGGGAUAAGGACAACAAGGAAAAACUGUGGCAAUAUUUAUUAGAAGACAAACUGGACUUGGUAGUGUCUGACCACUCGCCGUGCACCCCUGAGCUCAAAUGCACUAACAACUUAGAAGCGUGGGGCGGAAUUUCAUCAGUGCAAUUCGGCCUGUCACUGUUUUGGACGAAUGCCGUCGGUCGAGGGCUGGACCUUCAGACGGUCAGCAAGUACUUGUCAUCUGGCCCCGCCCACCUGUGCGGCAUCCAGGACAGGAAGGGGGCGCUGAAGGAAGGCCUCGACGCUGACCUGGUCUUCUUUGAUCCUGAUGCUUCGUUCGUCGUUACAUCUGACAUUAUUAGGCAUAAAAAUAAGCUGACACCGUACAUUGGCAAGGAACUAAAAGGUGUGGUGAAGAAAACGUAUUUACGCGGACAACUGAUAUACGCCGACGGGGACAUUGUUGGCGAACCUAAGGGAACUUUGUUAUUGAAUAACUUCUAAAAUAAAUGAAUAUGGAUAAGAA